AUGGACCUCUCAGGCAUUCGACUCCUUGGAAGGCGACGUAUCCUCACUCGCAAGGCACCAAACAGUAGUAAUCGCGCAUCGCCAUCGCUCAAGCCGAUCAUUUCAUACUCCAGUCACGCUCCUUUGCAGUCUAUGCUAUCCUUCGGCACCAUCACCAACAUCACAACGCACUCAUACACACUUCUAGGACUUCAGGAAGAGAACUCUACGUCUGUUUUGCCUACUGCCUCGUCCGCCGAGCAUCUACCUUUGGACACCUGUUUCUUGGAGGAACCGGAAGUUAGGCGCGCAUCUCUCAUUGCACUGGACAAGUGUGUGCUACUAGCUGCUCGUCUACCGCCAGCCAAUCUACUACUCGAUAUAACUUUGGCGCACUCUGGACCGGUUGGGCGAGAGCCCUCCACGCUAUACAUAGAUCUCGUCCGGGCACUUACUGCGCUACUGAAGAUAGAAGAGUACUUGUUCGACGAUGAGACUUUGAUGUUAUAUGAAGCUACGGCUACGCGCCUUUUGCAAGAGACCUCUGUUCUGGUCGAUAACGUUCUUUCGCUCCCUUCGACCAGCAGAGGAUUGACGAACCUGAUCUUGUCUGCAUUACGAAGGAUCUCGCUAUUCAUUGCUUUAGAGGAAACCCGCGCGCAACCCGUCUUCAUGACGCUCACGGACACCAUCUUCCGGCAGAUGCUCAGCUUCUCUAGCAUUGUGGACUUCGAGACCUUUGACUUGCCUCCGGACUCAAGAGACGGAUCUGCGCCGUGCUGUACAAACUGGGGUCUUUUCGCGCAAAAUUUUCUCGGCGCUGCCACAUAUCUCAAGGACCAUAGACCUACUGUCUCUCUAGAAGCGUUGCCUGUCACUCUCAAGCUCUGGUUCCACCUCCCGUCAUCUCCCCUGGUCAAAGAUGUGGCGCCUGGUCGGAUCCAACCCGUUCUGAUUGCCGCAGGGGAGCUGGUGUACCCUAGACUUUUCAAGGCUGCGUCUCACACCAUCUUCGACGAUCUGUUUCGGGAACUCGGGGAGGAUGCGGUGGCGAAUAGAUUGCGCGAAGAUUUGGACGACGAAAAGAUGCAAGAUUAUGAACUUGCCAAGGUCUUAGAGGUGCUGUUAUACUUCCUGCAGUCCAGCGCCUUACAGUCUCGAUUCUUUACUGCUGGUAUCUGCUCCUCGGCUGUCGCAGCUCUUCAACGACAACGACUCACUGGCUCUAUGGAAUGGCUAAGUCACGUCUGGAAUUGGGUGCAAUUCAUCAUAACCCACUUGAUGCUGCAGCGAAUCUAUGUGCCCGAGAUGUGCCUCCCGGCUGAAGAGACUUUGCGAAACCUUUCAUCUAGCAGCGUUGUGGAGUUUGUUGAAUACGGGAUCGUUUUCCUCCUUCCACAGGCAAAGAUCAGUCCGAUCUCCCUCAGUAACGUGAUAGAUCACUUGAAACGUCUUGUGACGGCCACUCGCGUCGCCACUCACGGCACAAACGGAAAGCUACGGGUCUCGAAGUCACAGGCAUUCACCCUAUUCCGCCAAGAUCUGCGUCGAUACUGGGUACAUGGCCUUUUGGCUCUCGAGGCCCUACCUCCUUGUGAAGAUCAAGCUCCUCUCAAGAAUCUACAGGAGUCUUGGCGAACCUUGGGCGUCAUUGCAGGGCUGAACGAGGCCAGAGAGCGAGAACAGUUCGAGAAAAACGGCAACUUCGCUCUACCGUCACGCUGUUCUUCGAAACAAUGUCCGCGUCAUGUCAAGAAAAGCUCUGGUCGACUGCGUCCGUGCAAAGGUUGCGGCGAGGUGGCCUACUGCAGCCGCAAGUGCCAGGUUCAGCACUGGCAAGAAGGUGGUCACAAGCUCAUCUGCAAGCGCCGCGUGAAGUCCAACUAG